GGGAGGGUUGUAAGACACCUCGAAGACUAUUAGAAGAAAAACACAGAAAUAUCUCUCUCUCUCUCUCUCUCUCGUGCUUCACUAUGGAGCUGUCAAUUGAAAAGAGUUUCAGCGAUGGAUUUCGAUUAUAAUCCAUACAGAUUCUUCUUCAAGCUCCAUCGUCGUCUUCAUCGGAAAUUCUCCACUCAGAAUGCUAGAUGAUUGACAAGAUAAUCUGAACAUUGAUCUGCAGCUUUGAAUUAACCUCUUCUUGUACUGCUGAUUACAUAGACAAUCCCAUUUGAUUGGGACACAGGAUUUAGUUUGGUUUGGUCUUAUUGCUUAUUUUGUGGACGUAGAUGGAUGAUGGUGGACAACAUGAAAAUGGGAGGCAUAGGAUGGAUUUCUACAAAGGCGUGCACACUCCGUGGAAUAUGAUGCCUCAGUAUCAGAUGAAGGAAGCAAAUGCCUUUUAUAUGAAUAAGAAGAUCAUGCACAUCAUUGCUGAGAAGGAUAAUGCUAUUGAGGAACGGAAUAGGGCAACCUCUGAAAGAAAUGCAGCCAUAGAGGAGCGAAAUGAGGCAAUCAAGCAGCGAGAUGACGCAAUUGCUGCACGCGAUACUGCCAUCAGGGAACGAGACAGUGCAAUUGCAGCCCUUCGAUUCCAGGAAAACUCCAUGAAUUGUGGAAUCCAACGUGGAACAAAACGCAUGCAUCAUUCCUCAAACCAUCCUGCGAGUGUUACUGAAGCUGCUUACAAUGCAAGGGAAGCCCAAAUUACUGAUGCCAUCCCAAUAACAGCAGUUUCAUCUAAAGCUGCCAAGUCAUGCCAAGCAAAACGAGCAAAGGAGAACAAGGCUGCUCCAUCUAACGUAUCGAAACCACCUAGAAAGGGAAAGAAAGUGGGUGAGGAUCUGAAUAGGCAUGUCACUACUGAUGGGUCAAAAGCCGAGUGGGAUGCUCAGGAGCUUGGUUUAAUUAACCAGGUUACUUUUGACGAGUCUACCAUGCCCGCCCCUGUUUGUUCAUGCACUGGAGUGCCUCGUCAGUGCUACAAAUGGGGGAACGGAGGGUGGCAAUCCUCUUGUUGCACGACCACACUGUCGGUGUAUCCGCUGCCUCAGAUGCCAAACAAGCGACAUUCACGACUUGGUGGCCGGAAGAUGAGUGGAAGUGUCUUUAGCAGAUUGCUCAGUCGGCUUGCAGCGGAUGGCUACAAUUUGUCAGUACCAGUGGAUCUCAGGAAUUACUGGGCCAAACAUGGUACGAAUCGCUACAUUACCAUCAAGUAACUUGUCGACUAUCCUUGUGAGUGUAAAUUUGUUUUUCUGUUUGAGCCUCUUUAGUGUCCAAGACUUGCUGAUCUCUUUAACCUAGAUGUUGAUGAACCAGAUAAAUGGAAAGAUGAUGGAGCUCCGGUCCAAGCACCUUUGCUUGACAUGGAACUUCUUAUCAUGUGACUGAAAAAAAUGUUUAUCCCCCUUCUAAGGGGAGAUUUUGUAGACUUUUGGAAUUUGUACAAAUGGUGUCUGAUUAUGGAUGAAGGUAGUUUUUGUGACAUUGACCUUCAAUUCCGUUAUUCACUAAAGAGGAAGGUUGU